GCGCGAUCUAGGAGUGGCAGUACCACCCUCAGAGAACUGGCCCCCUGCGCCCCGGUGGAGAAACCCAAGCCGGCACAGCGCUCUGCCACCGACACAUCGCCCAAGAAGCCUACGGCGAACCGCAAGAACUCGGAGCCCGUCAGCGCGAAACCCAAGGCAGCCGGACGACCCAAGACACGAUCAGGCCCCAGCAAGGACUCGACCAGCAAUGCACGACCCAGCACGCGAUCCGGAGAAGCGUCUCUCAAGCAGCCCGAGGGCAACCCGCCGUGGAUGGUCAACAGCUACAAACCGGAUCCUCGCCUACCUCCGGAACAGCAAAUCAUACCCACCGUUGCAAAGAGGCUCAUGCAGGAGAAGUGGGAGCAGGAGGGCAAGUUUGGCGAUGCUUACGACAAGGAUUUCCGGCCUCUCAACACCAACGCGCUGCCAGUGUUCCGCGAGAAUUCUGCACCGCCGGAAGGCGCCCAGCAGGAGCCGCCCGCCGAGCAAGAGGCCAAGUCGCCCGUGACGGCGCCCCAGUCGGACGAGUGGCCGCUCAAGGCGGAGCCGCCCAAGAGCCCACUGCCGCGGCUGGGAUCGUCCUACUCCACGAUGCCCAAGAUUUCCGACGUGCAGCCGCCCAAGAGCCCUCUGCCCGGCCAGCGACCCCCCAUGACGCCCCAAGGAACGACACAAUCACAGAGCCAGCUCAGCGAAAAGGCCCAGAGCACCCAGAGGAUGCCCGAUGUUCCGGACGACCAGGACCAGAAAGGAGGCUGCGGCUGCUGUGUCGUCAUGUAA